AUGUCUACGAAUCGAGAAGUAGAUGACAAGGCUUUUCUUAAAAACAUUUCUCAAGAUCAAGCCAAGCGCGCACUGGAGCGCAGUGCAGCCAUCCGCGCCGAUCACAUCUCGGCAAAGGGCAAUUUCCCAGCGAGCAGCCAAGGCGACCAUGAUGUAGACUCGGACGAGGCCAAUCGCAAGCGCAUCAUCUACCGCAGCAAGCAGCGCGGCUGGCUGGAGAGACCAUCGACAUCUUCAACUACAUCUCCGGUAAAAGCGCUGUCCCACAUAGACUUGACACGCCCAUGA